AUGCAACACCUUAUCAGUGCAGCCGUACUGCUGGUAGCAUUUAGAUUUUACUGUUUGGUAAAGUUAAGUUUCCUCACUCAUCUUUUUGAGGUAACCGUCAAUUCCUUCGCUUCUUCGCAGGAAUGUGACAUUCACUAUGAUGAAGGGCCGGGCCUGGGUCUACCAGCAGAAGAACGGGAUGAAGUGCUUAGGAUCGUAAAUAAAGCUCGUCAGAAGUUGGCUAAUGGAGAGCAGCAGAAUGGCGGAGGAAAAAACCUACCGAAAGCAAAGGGAAUUCCAGAUGUGGUCAGUUUCGGCGAAAGUGCAUAG